UCGGAUUCGGUUUGCGUUCCUCCUCGUUUAGCUUUCUCGGGCACAGCAAGUUACGGACUUGAAAUGCGGUUAGCGGUUGUGAUAUCGAUUCUGGCUGCCGGUUGUGGUUUCGCCACAAUGAAAGUUGCGGCCCACGAGGACCACGAUCCGCACUACUGGAAGGAGCAGGCCCAUGAUCUGCUGUUAGAGAAAAAAGAUUAUACCAUGCAGAAAAUUAACGUCGCCAAAAAUAUAGUGAUUUUCGUAGGCGCCGGGAUGUCGCAGGCAACCAUCACCGCCGCUCGGACCGUCAACGGAGGCGAAAACGCUACGUUCGCUUUCGAAAAGCUCAAAUGGAGUGGUAAUGCAAGGACUUAUUGCGUUGACAGUCGUGUUCCGGAUAGUGCCUGUGCUAGCACAGCAUUUUUGACUGGUAUAAAAGGAAACCUGGGGACGGUGGCUGUCCAUCCGACGGUGGAACAAGGAACGUGCGUUAGUACUGCUGAUAAGACGAAACAGCUUGAAUCCAUUGCCAAAUGGGCUUUGGAUUCCGGGAAAGUUGUCGGUUUCGCUACAACAUCUCGAGUUACCGCCGGCUCGAACGCUGCUUUGUAUGCAAACUCCGGUGACAAGGACUGGGAAAAUGAUGCGGCCGUCACGGCAGCUGGAUGCAACCCGACCGAAGUCAAAGAUAUCGCUUAUCAACUGGUCCAUGGUGACAUUGGUAAGCAGUUUAAGGUAAUUAUGGGAGGCGGAAGAAAGAACCUUAUUCCAACGAACGAAACCGACACAAGUGGAGCUGCAGGGUUGCGAACCGACGGCAAAAAUCUCAUUAAAGAAUGGAAAGAGUCCAAGACCGGAAAUCCAGUUUACAUAACAACAGCGGCUGAGCUGGGAGCACUGAAUACAUCCAACAUCGACUAUCUCCUGGGUCUGUUUGACUACGACCGGUUGCCGUAUGCUGCCGACAUUGGCGAUGGAAACAACGAGAACACUCCACCGCUGGUCAAAAUGGUGCACUAUUCACUGGAAAUGCUGCAGAAGAAGGAACACAGCAAGGGGUUCCUGCUGUUCGUCGAGGACGGCAACAUCCAGGCGGCUCACCGGGAAAAUAAACCAUACAAAGCAUUCGAGCAGGUGAAGCACUAUGCCAGUGCUUUCAACAUGGGCAACAUGAUGGUGUCGGAGACGAACACACUUGUCAUUUCGAUGAACGACGUUGGAAGCACACUUUCGAUUCCCGGAUAUUCCAAACGAGGAACCGAUAUUCUUUCCGGCGCCGGUACUAGCGAUAAAGACUCAAAACCGUACCUCAGCCUUGUCUACGCCACCGGUCCUGCACAUGAGUCGUACUAUCAGAAUUCCGAGGGUCGCCUCAAUCCACUGGAGGUACUACAGGGAAUGAAUAUACAGAAGGAACAAACGUGCAGUGCAGCCGUCCCUCUGAGUGAGGGAGCAAAUGGCGGGGAGGAUGCUUCCGUCUAUGCCAGUGGGCCGUGGGCGUUUAUGUUGUCGGGAGGGUACGAGCAGAACUUUAUUGCCCACGCUAUCUCGUUUGCGUCAUGCAUCACCGAUGUGUGCGGUGGGGUAUCGAGCGUCAUCGUGUCUAGUUUUGUACUGAUUCUGGCCUUACUGGUGACGAAACUUGUGUGAUCCAACAUUGGGAUGCUAGUAUUGUUGCUGUUAUGUAGAUCCGAAACCACGAAAACUUACUCCACUUAUAUGUUAAAAGUACAGUUGUUAGUCUACUGAUUUUUCAUUACUGAUUAAUAAAAAUGAUAAUAAAUAUACUUCAUCGUUUGAAACCAA